GGCGUAGAGUACAGCUAAGCUUCCAAACACAGAAGAGGUUUCCUGCAGCAAGUAAAAGUAUCACACAGAUCCCCAGCCUUACAGUUGGCUUUACACAGUAAUCUCCAAUGUUAUGACAAUUCUUGCCAACCCUCGGGAAAGGGAAUCUGAGGCUGCUUUCUUGCAUGGGCAAACAUCUCACUUUCUCUGCAUUGAUUUCACCUCUUGAUUUACUGUACUCCAUGGAAAGGACAGGCAGCUGGAAGUGUCUCCACAGAAGCUUUUGGAUACCUUGUCCGGUUUAGCAUGCAACAACCUCUGUUUUAUUUCCAGAGCACAGCGUUGGAUUAUAAAUUCCUUUGUAAAUGUGUAUGGUGAUAUUCGCUCCGCUUUUUGCAAUCUUUGCGUUUGCAACAUGUGGUGGUUACUCCGGACAACUGAGAGUCAGCGUGGACUGCGCCAACAGAACCCAGAGCGACCUCCGCAUUGACAUUGCUAUUGCUUACCCAUUCAGGUUACAUCAGGCGACGUUUGAUGCCCCCACAUGUGAAGGGAAAAGGAGAGAGAAUCUCUCGCUGAUAGGCGACUUUUCAUCUUCAGCCGAGUUCUUUGUCACAAUUGCCGUCUUUGCCUUUCUCUACUCGCUGGCCGCCACGGUUGUCUACAUAUUCUUCCAGAAUAAGUACCGGGAAAACAACAGGGGUCCCCUAAUUGAUUUUAUCGUUACCGUGGUUUUUUCAUUCUUAUGGCUGGUUAGUUCUUCCUCUUGGGCUAAAGGACUUUCCGAUGUUAAGGUGGCUACAGAUCCUGAUGAAGUUCUCUUACUGAUAUCAGCCUGCAAACAGCCAGCCAACAAGUGUAUGUCCCUGCGUAGUCCUGUCAUGUCAAGUCUAAAUACUUCCGUGGUCUUUGGUUUCCUGAACUUUAUUCUGUGGGCUGGAAACAUCUGGUUUGUCUUCAAGGAGACGGGUUGGCACGCUUCUGGGCAGCGUUAUCCCCAGGAGCCAAUAGAAAAACAGUCUGGCAGCCAGUCUUUAAGCCAAGGUGGAUACAAUCAAGAUACCUAUGGACCAACUCCACCCUAUAACCAACAGCAGGGCGGGUUUGUACAGCAACCCAACUUUGGACAACCAGGCGGACUUGGCCAGCAAAACUAUAACCAGGCUCGGUAUAACCAAACGGGCCCAACAUCUUUUGCCAAUCAGAUUUAAUAUGAAUAAUCAAAAACAUGUUCCUCCCCAAUGACCACAAACAUCUUGACAAGAUAUACUUUUAGUAGGAAUGACCCAGAGUGUGUAUAACUGAGAGCAUCUAGAGGUGACACGAAUACAGCUGGUGGAUUGUGCUGUUCAGAUGCAUUUAGGAACUGGUGAAGAUCUAUAGUGUACAAAAUUACAGUGUUCCGUGUGUAUAAUUGUGAGCGCAUUUUGUAAGCCUAGAUGUUUUAAUAUGUGACAAAAUACAGUUUUCAUUGUG